UUAUUGGCAGAGCUGGGAGAAGUAGGAACCAUGGACAAGUGGAACCCUGUGGAUAGCGACGAGGAAAUCCAAUCUCUCUCUGAGGAGGAGAUAGGGAAAGGUAGCAUCAGAAAAGAGAUGGAUGGGGUGUUCCAUAGCCACUUGAGUGGACGGGUGCGGCCCUAUUUGGACCUCAUCGACUCACUACGCCUGAUGGGUAUCGACCAGGAUCUGCCCCUGCCAGCGAUAACAGUGAUCGGGGACCAGAGCUCAGGGAAGAGCUCUGUGUUGGAGGCGCUGUCUGGAGUGGCUCUCCCCAGAGGCAGCGGCAUUGUGACUCGAUGCCCGCUGAUGCUGAAGUUGAGGAAGCUGAAGGGAGGUAUGCAGUGGAAAGCCAUCAUCUCCUACAAAGACACGACUACUGAGUUCACAGACCCCUCUCUGGUUGAGGGCUAUGUCAAUGAGGCCCAGAACGAGCUGGCUGGAGACGGAGUUGGGAUCUGUGAUGAGCUGAUCAUUCUGGAGAUCCUGUCCCCUGAUGUGUGUGACCUCACUCUGAUUGAUUUACCCGGCAUUGCCCGGGUUCCUGUUAAAGGACAGCCUGAGGACAUUGGAGACCAGAUUAAAAGGCUCAUCCUCAGCUUUAUUGAGAAGAGUGAAACCAUCAACUUGGUGGUGGUCCCAUGUAAUGUUGACAUAGCGACAACUGAAGCUCUAAAAAUGGCACAGGAAGUUGACCCAGAAGGGAAAAGAACUUUGGCUAUUCUGACCAAGCCAGAUCUUGUAGAUCGUGGCACAGAAAAGAACAUAUUGGAGAUUGUUCACAAUCAAGUCAUCCCGCUGAGCAAAGGCUACAUAGUUGUGAAAUGCCGUGGUCAGCAGCAAAUUCAGGAAAAGGUGUCUCUAGCCGAGGCCACCAGGAUGGAGAGAGAUUUCUUCAGACAACACAAGCACUUCAGCUGUCUUCUCAUUGAGGAAAAGGCCACAACCCAGUGUCUUGCUACUAAACUGACCCAAGACCUGGUGGGACACAUCAAAAACUCUCUACCAACACUAUCAGAGCAGAUUAAAAAGGAGCUGUGGGAGUCAAGGAAAUGCCUGAGUGAGUGUGUGGGAGGUCCUCCCAUAGACCCCCCUCAAAGAAAAACCUUCCUUGUGGACACCAUAACUCAGUUCAAUGACAACAUCAACCGGCUGUCAGCUGGUGAAGUUGUCAAUGACGACAACCUGUUUGUUCUCCUGCGACACCAAUUUCAGAAUUGGAAAGAUGAACUUGAGAGGAGUCAAAACUCAUAUUCUGAAACGGUACAGGAUGUGGUGAACGAGUAUGACUUGAAGCACAGAGGAAGAGAGCUCCCUGGUUUCAGUGACUACAAAGUGUUUGAGCUGGUCGUCCAGAGACUGGUGAUGAAACUGCAGAGCCCUGCUCUUGACACUUUGCGAGUCAUCAGAGAAACCAUCGAGAAGCAGUUCAGCGAAGUCUCAAAAACCUGCUUCUCAAACUACCCUUUCCUCCAGUGUGUCACAAUGAACAAGAUCGACAAAAUUCAGUCGAGUCAGGAGGCCAAAGUGGAGGAGAGAAUCAAGGAGCAGUUUAAGAUGGAGCAGCUGGUCUACACACAAGACAGCAUCUACUUCAAGACCCUGAAGAAGGCUGCAGCCCCUGUGGAGGGUGACCCAUCGGCAGUGAACUGCGCUGAAUAUGAUAGCAGGAGCAAGUAUCCUGAAAUGCUUCAGGCGUACUAUGAGAUAGUGAUUCAGCGCCUGGCGGACCAGAUCCCCAUGCUGAUCCGGUUCUUCCUGCUGAAGGAGUCGGCUCGGGUGCUGUGCAGUGAGAUGCUGGGCCUCAUCGAGGGGGUGGACGUGGACAAGGCCCUGUGCGAAGUUUCAGACUGCAGCCGUCGCCGUAACGACCUGCAGAGCCGCAUCGAGCGUCUCAGCCAGGCUCAGGAGAAACUCAGCCAUUUCCUCUGAACAGCUGAACCAUUGACAUGUGACUGUUACUGUAGUGGUAUGGUUUAUGAUAUCAAAACAUAAAGCUAAAGUUAUGAUCAUACUAUACUAUAGCCCAUACAUUGAAGUGGUGCUAGGCAGUUUCCAUAAUUCAGACACUGUCAUGGUCUUAGUAGACCAUGAAUGAAAUGUAUAUUGUUUCUUGAUUCAUUUCCUAUGUUUACUACUGGUCACAAGUGAUUAUUAUGAAAUAUGGGAAUAUGUUCAGCUCACUUCCUGUUCACGUGUGGAAAAUAAUUACGGUUUACUGUACGUGCUUGUUCAUUGUGUCAUGUAAAAGUUUACAAUAAGAAUAAGUUGCUUUAAAGAUGAUUCCUUUCCCUAUGAGGGCAAUGGCUGUAAGAACUAUUUGUUUUCAUUGCAUAUAUUUGUGUAACAUUACUUAUGACAUGUAAUAGGCCAUUUAGAUUUGGGCUGAAAUUAUUGUCUGUUACUGUUAUGUUGGCUAGCAUGGUUUCAGUUAAUGUAGUGAUGAAGCGUAUAUGGUUGAUAUACAUACUGUAUUCAAUGAUGAUUUACACUUUUCUAGAAUAAGAACAUUAUUUCUUGUACAGUUUUGCAAAUUAUUAAAGGAAUGGGAGAAUAGAAACAAAAGAUCAAGC